AUGGCGCCGAUCGCAGUUGACCCGGUCAUGAUGGCUACUAUGCCAGCAGCCAAGACGCUCACCUCGGUCACAACCAAGGGUACCGCCAUGGAUGCUAUCUCUGACAUGGUGGAUGAAGUGAAUGUUUACCGUGGCACCCACCCUUGCGCACCCCAACCUUGCAGUGAAGACGACCAAGCAUGGCGUACCGAAGGUUCUCAAUUCGACUCGGAAAAGGACAAGGACGACUUUCGUCGAUACGAAGACGCGCUCGACCACGUCAAGGCCUUCUACAAGACGCAGCAUGAAAAGCAAACGGUUGCCUUCAACAUUGCGGCGCGCGAGCGAUUCCUUCACAAUCACCACGCCUCGAUGACGGUCUGGGAAGCAAUCGAAAAGCUCGAUACGCUAGUCGAUGAAUCCGAUCCGGACACAUCGCUUUCACAGAUCCAGCACCUCUUGCAGACAGCAGAGGCGAUGCGAAGAGACGGCAAACCGGACUGGAUGCAACUCACCGGUCUCAUCCACGACCUCGGCAAACUGCUGUGCUUCUUCGGAGCGGACGGUCAGUGGGAUGUUGUCGGCGACACGUUUGUGGUCGGUUGUGCUCCACAGGGAACCGUCUACCCUCACACGUUUGAAAACAACCCCGACUUGCACGACGAAAGGUACAACACCAAGUACGGCAUGUAUCAGCCUAACUGUGGUCUUGGAAACGUCAUGCUCAGCUUCGGACACGACGAGUACCUCUACGAGAUUGCCAAGCGCGAAUCAACACUGCCGCAAGCAGCGCUCGACAUGAUCCGUUACCACAGCUUCUACCCGUGGCACCGUGAGGGUGCGUAUCAACACCUGUGCGCACCACAAGAUCAAGAGGCGUUGCAGAACGUCCUCGCUUUCAAUCCUUAUGAUCUCUACUCCAAGUCCGACUCGCCUCCUGACCCCGUCGCUCUGCGUCCGUACUACGAGACGCUUAUCGAAAAGUACUUUGGCGGUAAGGAUCGCAAGAUCCAGUGGUAA